AUGCUCGCGAAGUUCGUCGCGACCUCUCUCCUGGCGCUGCAAGGCGCAGCCGCUUUCCUUAUCGUGCCCGAGAUUGACAUCCCCCAUGCCACUACCACCACCAAGAAGACUGCCGGCGACGCGCCCAAGCUGACCAUCGCUGCCAACUGCGCCAAAUGCCCGUUCCCAGACACCCUUGAUGCCUCGUCUGAGGUCUCGGCCGUGGAUAGCUUCAUGCUCUUCGACCUCACCACCGAUGCCGGCAAGCUGUACAUCAACGAGAAGGAAGUCUACCCGUCUCCUGACGCCUCGGUCGACCUCCAAACCAUCCUUGUCCGCAAGUCAGACGAGCAGCGCAGUCGAAACGUCCCCGCCGGCUAUGUCUUUGAAGUGCUCCGAACCCCUGACUCUCCCAGUGACCCGGAGGGCCCUGAACUCCUCUCUCUCUACUUCACUCCCGUCCAGCUAGACGGUCUUCCGGCUGCCGCAGACACUCUCCACAUCCCCGUCAUCAAAACCGCCAGGGGCAACCUCGUCAUCGUCAACUCUCGCAUCGAAGCCACCCCGGCCCCUCACAUCUCAUGCAAAGACUGCGGCCGCGAUACUGAGUGCUGGAAACGCCUUCUCCUCGCUAGAAUCGCCGCAACCAUCAACGCUGCAAAGAUCCGAGCUGCCAAGUUCGUCGACAAAAUCUCAUCUGCCUUCAAGGGCUGCCACGGAAAGAACAAAGCAUCUGGCAUGGAGAUGGAGCCUGCACACGGACACGGACAAGGCCAGCACAGACACCAGCAUCCUACCUUCUCUCGCGCUUUUGCUCAUGCACUCCGCUUCGUCAUCAUCCCAGCCAUCGUCGGCCUCUGUCUCAGCUUGGUUGUCUGCUCUAUCGGCUCUCUCGUCGGCCACUGCAUCGUUGCUCUCUGGAGAUACAGCCAGCGCCGCCGCUCUUCCCCUGGCCAGCAACAGAACAUCGACUCUGCCCAGGAAGACGGAGAAGCCUACGAAAAGGAAGGUCUCAUGUCCCACGAUGACGACGACCACGCGGACGUCGCACCCCAGGAAGAGGAUAGACUCCACGGCCAGAUCAGACUGCCUGCAGACAAGGCUUAA